GAUUCUUAAAGUAGGUAAAAAUUAUAGAAAUGUAUUGAACCUUUAUCAUAUAAUAAUUGUAUACAAUAUUAUAUAAUUAUUUUAUUUUAUUUUCAGAAUAUUCCACCAUGUAUCGAAUAAUCAUACUGCUCACUUUUAUUGCGCAGCAAAAGGCUGCACACGUCCAUUUGGUACCAAAUAACGCUGGAACGAAAAAUGUAACAGGGGAACUAACUUUGGUUCAAUGCGGAGAUAACUUAAUUAAAAUUACUGGAAAGGUAUAUGGACUUACAGCAGGGUUACAUGGUAUCCAUGUACACGAAAAGGGAGACUUACAAGAUGGUUGUAUGUCUACCGGUCCGCAUUUCAAUCCUGAGAAUGUCACUCACGGCGGACAAAAUAGUCCGGUGAGACAUGUUGGCGAUCUAGGUAACAUAUUAGCAAACGAAAGCGGAGUUGCUGAUGUAAAUAUCGAAGAUUCUAUUAUUUCUUUUACUGGAAAUAACAAUAUCAUAGGACGUGCAAUUGUCAUUCAUUCCGGCGAAGAUGAUCUUGGAAGAGGCAGCAGCCCUCUUUCUGCGUCUACUGGAAAUUCGGGAGAUCGUUGGGCUUGCGGUAUAAUCAAAGCUGAAUAAAUUCCUAAUCUAUAUCUAAUCUUGAUCAUUAUAUUUAUAUAUAAUUAGGCCUCAGUGAUUUUACUUAUAUAUUACGUCCAAUAUUAAAAUUUAAAUUCUAAUAUCUUGUCCUAUGUUUCUCCUCAUCACAAGAAUCCCAGAACUUCAAUUUCUGUUUAACACGCUAUUACUUAUUAAAUAAAUGCUUUCAAAAUGCUA